AUGGAGCGCGGAUUAUUGGGCAGAUCUCCUCAUUUCCAACUCCAUUUGGUUUUCCUUGUCGCUGUUAUGCGUUCUACUACCAUUUAUAUAUGUUCUAGUAUAUGUUAUUUUGCAGGAGCUUAUAGUGGCGUCAGUGUAUGCGUGGUAUUAGUUGCUCAUCUUUCUUCAGGAGUUACAGCUGGGCAUGAACCUCGCUUG